GGUCCCCUCAGACUCCAGGCAAGUUCAUGCUUGCUGCACAGUCUGUGGACAGAGCGGGAGGUGGUGCACCGGCAAAGCGAUGGCCGAGCACGGGGCGCACAUCACAACGGCCGCUGUGCUGGACGACCAGCCGUCCAUCUUCGAGGUGGUAGCGCAGGACAGUCUGAUGACAGCGGUGAGACCAGCUCUCCAGCAUGUGGUCAAGGUUCUGGCAGAAUCAAAUCCUGCCCUUUAUGGCUUCUUAUGGAGGUGGUUUGAUGAAAUCUUUACCGUGCUAGAUCUUCUGCUCCAGCAGCAUUAUCUGUCUAAAACCAGUGCCUCGUUUUCAGAAAACUUUUAUGGCUUAAAGCGAAUUGUAAUGAGGGACACACAUGGGUCCCAGAGACUGGCCAGUGCUGGUCUCCCAAAGAAGCAGCUUUGGAAGUCAAUUAUGUUCCUGGUUCUUCUUCCGUAUCUGAAAGUAAAGCUGGAGAAGCUGGUGUCUAGCCUGCGAGAAGAGGAUGAAUAUUCGAUCCAUCCCCCUUCUUCCCGCUGGAAACAAUUUCAUAGAGCCUUCCUGGCAGCCUAUCCCUUCGUUAACAUGGCCUGGGAAGGCUGGUUUCUUGUGCAGCAACUUCGCUAUAUCCUGGGAAAGUCUCAGCAACACUCUCCACUGCUGAGUCUGGCUGGAGUGCGGCUCGGCCGGCUUACAGUUCAGGACAUCCAAGCCCUGGAGCACAGAGCAGCAGCAGCCCACAAGAUGCGGCAGCCACCCAGGAGUGUUAGAGAGAAGAUAACAUCUGCGCUGAAGAAAGCUGUGGGGGGUGUUGCCUUGUCCCUCUCGUCAGGCCUGUCUGUGGGUGUCUUCUUCCUGCAGUUCCUUGAAUGGUGGUACUCCUCUGAAAACCAAGACACCAUCAAGUCGCUGACUGCUCUGCCUACCCCCCCGCCACCUGUACACUUAGACUACAAUUCUGAUUCCCCUCUGUUACCCAAGUUGAAGACUGUCUGCCCACUGUGUCGUAAGACCCGGGUGAACGACACUGUUCUUGCCACCUCUGGCUACGUGUUUUGUUACCGCUGUGUAUUUAAUUAUGUGAGGAGUCACCAAGCUUGUCCCAUCACAGGUUAUCCAACAGAAAUACAGCAUCUAAUUAAGCUGUACUCCCCUGACAACUGAAAGGGAUUACUGUCUUAAUCCACAACACCAUAAGGUCACAGGGCUAACUUUUGGCAUGAUAUGUAGCAAUUUGGUAUAUCUCAGCCUCAAUUCAUAAUUAUGCAAGUGUUAACCAUACUAUUUUUUAAAAAAGGAUAUAUCUGUUGAUCUUAACCUUUCACCCUGCUGUCUAGACCUCUACUUAUUGCUGGCCAGACCGGUUAGGGUAGGAGAAUCAAGACUGAAGGGAAAAUGCCAGUUAGUGUAGAGUAAGUGCAGGUGAAAAGAUUGAUUAGUAUAGAAGGAUAUCCUAUCCUUUUCCUUACAGAAUAAGGACAGGGCUGGAGAGCUAGUUAAGGUGCUUGCCUUGCAUGCAGCUGACCUGGUUUGGAUCCCGGUUGCACAACAAAAUUCCCUGCACCCUACAAGUGUCCUGCCCUUCUACCCUGUCCUCCUCCCUUAAAAAAAAAAAUCAAGUGGUACAAGUGGCUCUCAGGAAAAACACAAGUUAAACCUCAAAGUGGGACGGGGAAGGGAGCUCUGGCCUUCUCUUUAAUCUGCCUCUGACAGGUUUUAUUCUGACAGAGAUUUGAUCAGUUUACAAUGUGAAAAUGUGGACCUGCUCUAUAGUAAUACUUUAGAAAAAUAAUUGCUCUUUCAAUCUACUGUGACCUGUUUGUUAACAUCUUCUGUAACUUAUCAGUGUUUUAAAGAUUUCUCUAUGAGCCAUAUAUGUUUUUGAAACUGAUUAAAGGGAAACAGGUUGAGUAUUUGUUUAUAUAGUUGUCUGAAGAUUUCAAUGUGAAAGCAAACAUAAUAAGCAAUGAAGAGAUGAAAUACUGAUCUAAUAACUGUAAAAAAAAGAAUCUUAGGAAUAUUUAAAGAAAGAAACUAGUAUUUCAGUAAGUGGGCUGGAGUGAUAGAACAGCAGGUAGGGAAUUUGCCUUGCUCAAAGCUAACUUGGGUUUGACCCUCAACAUCCCAUAUAAUCCCCUAAGCACUGCCAAGAGUAAUUCCUGAGUGCAGAGCCAGGAAUAACCCCUGAUCGUUGCUGGGGAUGGCCCAAAAACAAAGAGAAUAAUACAUUUGUUCUGCAUACAAUUCGUUUGCUGAACUGGUAUGAAUUUAUUCUGGCUGUUACCAAAGUUUCUAUGAAACAUUUUAAGAAUAAAUCUUUUUGUCAAUGAGCUAUUCUAUGCUGUCAUGAUUAUACGGAAACAAAGAUUACUAGACGUGUUUACAUCAUUCAUUU